UUUAUUCACAGUUUGGGACGGAAGGACACAACACCAGCAGACAUGAGCGGACGGGUUGGAGACUUGAGCCCGAAACAGGCUGAAACAUUAACUGAGUUUCGGGGGAGGAUCCAGGAUGUCCUCCCCAGCCUCCCCGCGCAGCACGACCACUACCUGCUCCGCUUUCUCCGAGCUCGUAGCUUCAAUGUUCAGAAAUCUGAAGCCAUGAUCAGAAAGCAUGUGGAGUUCAGGAGGAAGAUGAAUGUAGACACCAUCAUAUCUGACUGGAAACCUCCAGAGGUGAUUGAGAAGUAUGUGUCUGGAGGGAUGUGUGGGUACGACAGGGAGGGGAGUCCCAUCUGGUACGACGUGAUCGGUCCUCUGGAUCCUAAAGGUCUCCUGAUGUCGGCCACCAAGCAGGACUUUCUGAAGACCAAGAUCAGACACACAGAAAUUUUGCGGAGGGAGUGUAGGCAGCAGUCUGAGAAGUUGGGGCGGCAUAUUGAAUCUAUCUCUCUGAUCUACGACUGUGAAGGACUCGGACUGAAACACAUCUGGAAACCUGCCAUAGAGACUUAUGGAGAGGUCCUCACCAUGUUUGAAGAGAACUACCCAGAGGGCCUGAAAAGAGUUUUUCUAAUCAAAGCUCCAAAAAUGUUUCCCGUGGCCUACAAUCUAAUCAAACACUUUAUGUGUGAGGAAACACGACGCAAGAUCAACAUUUUAGGAAGUAACUGGCAGGAGGAGAUACGUAAACAUGUCGACCCAGACCAGCUUCCUGUGGUGUACGGUGGGAACAUGACGGACCCUGAUGGAGACCCUCGCUGCAGAACCAUGAUAAAUUAUGGUGGCACAGUUCCCAGGUCGUACUAUGUGCAGGACUCUGUGAAUGUUCAGUACGACGACAGUGUGACCGUCAGCCGAGGCUCUGUCUUCCAGCUGGAGUAUGAUGUUACAGCCGCCAGCAGCCUGCUGAGGUGGCAGUUCACCAGUGACGGAGCAGACAUCGGGUUUGGAGUUUACAGACGGACUAAAGAGGGCGGCAGUCAGAAAGUGUCUGAGAUGCUGCAGGUUCUGCCCAGCGAGCGCUACAAUGCUCACCUGGUGCCUGAAGACAGCUGCCUCACCUGCCCUGAACCUGGAGUCUACGUGCUGUGCUUUGAUAACAGCUACAGCAUCCUGCAGUCCAAAAAGGUGAGCUACAAAGUGGAGGUGCUUCCUCCUGCGGACAAAUGCAGAGUUCUGGCAGCAGAGGAGGCAGGAGGCUGUGGUGAACGAGAGCUCAGAUCCCCGUGUGACAAAGUUCACUGAGUAUUCAUUGACAGCAAAAUCAAUGCUUUAUCGUAAGGGCUGCAUUAGCUGUGGUUGAUGCCCCAGGGAAAAACAUGACCCAUGACCACCAAUUAACCCAUUUCUGCCCCUCUGUGCAUUGCGUAUGUUUAAGGUCGCAGUCGGUAAUUAGCCUGUGAAAACAUGAUCAAAGAUUCUUGUUUCUGUCAGCAGCAAACUGCAGACAGACACGUUGAGAGAAUAGCUGGUAAAUAUUGAGGAGCAUUUAUCAGCUGAGGAGACACAUAUUACCCUCAGAAGUUUGAAGAUUAUUCUAACAGUAUUGAUUAUAGCAGCUUCAAAUACAAGUUGUUUCCAACAAGAAACACAAGAAACUGACUUUCUCCAGAAGAAAUCUACCAGGGGGAAUUUAACUUCUGCUCAUGCCAUCAUUUUUGUUUACGGAUGUUAAUUUCUGUGAAGUUUAAGAAAUCAGUUUACUGGAGGAAGCAGGCUGUUACCGUGUGACUUAAGUUUAUGUAAACACUACUGAACUUUAAGUCCAGGUCUACUUUACUGCAGCAAAAUGAGAAGUUAAACAACCGAAGGUCAUCAAAACAGGAUUUUUCUGCUGGUGUUAAGUUACUCUUUAAGCAAAAAUGUAUUUAGCCUUUCUGCAAUAGAACAAUAAACUACAAUGUAGAAUUUAAAAGUACAGUUUAACUAAGAAGAGCCAGACAUUUAGGUUGCUGUCAUACAGUAUUACCAAAACGGUUUGGGUUUACUGUUCAUUUAGAUAUGGUUACACACAGUUCUUUACUUCUAACAUACAUAAUAGACAAAUUAAAUAUACCAGAAGAUGUUGAUCUCAACGUAAGACAAUAUAUCACUCUAAACUAAAUUUCAAACUUUACCGACAACAUGUUUCACAGUUGUCUUUGGAGAAGUUUUAAUAGGGAAAUAUGUACAGGACAGAUUGCCCUUUGUUUAAUAUUUAGAAGAACAUGUCUCAGACAAAUUUCCAAACAGAAUCCCCAACAGUAUAAACUCAUUAUUUCAUAUGAAGCUGAUAUUCUAAAGCUUUAUUGUAAUUCAAGAACAACGUGUUCAACUGUAUCCUUGUGUUGGAAGAAGACAAAAGGAGAAAAAGUUACUAAAUGAGGUCAUUCAUCAAAUUCUGUUUCAGAUGAUUGUGCAUUUAUGCUGCUCAUAUUGUUUGCAUUCUUCUUGAGAGUCAAUAUUGUCUGUUGGAAUAAAUAAGGAUGAUAAUUAUCUUGCUAAAUAUCUGUACACCCUUAAAAUCAAAAUCACGUCAUCAGUAUGACAUCAUUUGCAAAUUCAUGUGAACAAAAUAUAUUUUUUUAAUUUUGAAGAAUCUUCUGCAAGUUUGUAUAUUUAAUUUAAUAAAAGCGUAAUUGGGUAUAAAACAGAAACAGUUGUGAAUGAAUAUGCUAAUCUAACACAUCCAACAUAAUGCAGUUUAAUGUAACACCAUUUCUACAACCUGAAUAAUAAACACAAAGUCAUAUAGUU